GUGAGGUGAUGGAGAAGUGUCACCGCGAUCAAUCUAGCAUGUCCCGAAUGCUCGUUCCAGAGAUCUUUCUACUUGUUGCGUGUAUGUAAUGUAUGUCUGUGGUUGGGUGAAACUGAAGAUCAGUGAUAUAUGCAACAACUGUUCAGUGCGUUGCGUCGUUUGUUGUGUGGAGGGUGUCGCAACAAAGCACAAGCAUUUUUGUUUUCCGAGAUGGCCAGUUUGAGAAUUAAUGGCCAGUUGUCUGAAGAUCAUACCGCAUUUUUCAUGUGUGAUGUACAGGAAAAAUUUAGAGGUGUCAUUGCAUAUUACGACGCGGUUAUCAGCGUGGCUGAUAAAAUGGUGAAAACAGCAAAAAUAUUGAAUAUACCUUUGAUAGUGACUGAGCAGUACCCAAAGGGCUUGGGACGCACUGUAUCUGAGCUAGAUAUCAGCCAUGCAUAUCUUGUGGAAGAAAAAACAAAAUUCAGUAUGAUAACUCCAGUAGUUACUCAAGCUAUGCAAGAAAUUUGCAAAGGAGCUGUGAAAGCUAUUGUACUUUUUGGCGUGGAGGCUCAUGUUUGUGUGGAACAGACUGCAGCAGAGUUACUAGCCCAUGGUAUGCAGGUGCAUGUUGUCGCUGACUGUACAUCGUCACGGUCACAAGAAGAUCGUUUCCUGGCUCUUCAUAGAAUGAGUCAGAUGGGUUGUUACAUCACCACCAGUGAAACAGUUAUAUUCAAAUUGCUUGGUGAUAAGAACCACCCUAAGUUUGCUGAAAUAAGGCCAUUGAUCAAAACUCCAUCACCACCAACGGGAUUGGUUAAUUACUCUAAAAUGUGUAACUAAUAUAUCUACUGAAGGGGCGCUACUGCUUUGUAUUAAAUUCUUGUCGUGUGGAUUCCAGAAAUAUUUGGGUAGAGGGAAAUCAGUAAAAAUUUAUGGAACAAGUUGAUGUUCUUGUACUUGGUGAGAAUACAAUGAUGCAUGCAAUUUGAUUAUCUGUUGUUAUUGAACAAGAUUGUGCUGUGAUAAUUGUAACAUAAUUAGUAUCUUCAGUAAAAAACACCUAAUUCAACUCGUUUACAGGGAGGUUAAGGACAUGAUCACAUAGAAGAAAAGAAAAAGCAGAAAAGGAAAUGUCAUUGAAUUUAACUGCAUUCAUUAUCAGUCAUUCUGACUGAAAUGUUAACCAGUGUUAAUAAGUUAUCCUUAUUGCACCUACUCAAUGUUUUUCCAUGUCAAGUAUUUCAUUUCAUUUUUAACUACCACAUUAUAGACUUAAGUUUUGUAUGAAAAUAUGAUUCCCAUAAACUCAUAUCAGAUUGUCAAUCAUUUUCCUUCUUAUUGUAGACAGAUACAGAACAUAGUUUCUGGCCACUAUUUAGUUAUUGUGUUACCAGAUGUUGUGUAGUUCGUUGGAUUUUGCCACAAAUAUAUGCAAUUAAACCUGCAUCAGCUAUCAUUAUAUAACUGAAGUUACAAGUGAAUUCAACAUAAUACAAAUUUUGAUUAUGUUGUCUUCAAUAUUGUCCUGUCUUAAAAAAUAAUUUGUAUUAGUGACUUUUGUAAACAGUUUGGGGAAGCUCACAGUACAGAUUAAUUUCCAGUGAGAAAUAUUCCCAAUUUUCUCCAUGCAGCUUGCUUUAAAAAUAAACAGUGAUGGUGAUGGAUUUAACAUUGAUUGUUCAUAUAUCUUGAAAGAUAUUGAUUUAUAAUUUCAGCAGCCAUAAAAUAGUUUGUGUUAUUUGAUCAGUUAAAUAAGUGCAAGUAAAUAUUGUCUAAUAAGAAAUUAUAUCAUGGAAUUAAGAUAUUACAACAGUGGUGGUAUAUUUUAUUUUGUUCAAAUUAGUAUCAGGACAAGAAAGAUUAAGACAGUGGAGAACGAGUAAUAUUAUUCAUUGUCUCAAUGUAAUUUGAUGUUAUUUCAUAUAUGUGUGGCGUAUUCUCAGUGGUGUUUAAAUUAAGUGUUCUACAUAGUUACAAGAAUAACUUUGAUUCAUUGUUAAAUUACACACCUACAUGUGAGAAAAUAAUGUAAAAAUUGCAUUGAAAUAUUAAGCUAAAUUUUUUUUUAAUAAUUUGAUAUAGAAAUGUAAAAUACUUAAUGAAAAAAUAAAUUUAACUUCAUUUAAUGGGCAUUACAAAGCAUACAAAGAAAAAUUCCUUUUGUAGAUUUCAGAUAUGAGACAGAGCUAAGAAUAGAAAUAUGAUUUACCAGAAGGGCAUGUCAUUUCAAUGCUGGUUGUGUUGUUCCACAUUAAAAUCAGACAUUACAAGGAUCAUAAAUGAAUUGGAGCACCAACAUACACAUUAAGAAUAGAAGUUAUAAAAUUAGUAAUGAUGGAAACAUCAAGCAAACAUCCACAUUUGCUGAGGUGGAUAAGUAACUCACAGAAUGGCAAACUGAUGUCGAAGGCUUUUUUUGUUUAGAUUGAUAUUUGUACCUCCCAAAGACAACACAAAAAAAGCAAAAGGAAUAAUAGUUGUGUGUGUGUGUGUGUGUGUGUGUGUGUGUGUGUUUUAAGUAUGUAGAGUACCUUUUCCAAUCUUUCAUUGUUUGCUGGUUGCCUGUUUAUAUGAGCAGCUUUGCUCUCAAAUGAUUUAAGAGUUUUGAAUGUUCAUUGUAAGGCUUGUUUGUAAUGUUUAAGCAAUAAAAAAAAAAUUUCUUCAGCAAUUAUUUUCUGGGAUUUCCUGCCCUCUGCCAUU